GAUUCUGGGCCCGAGUUGGUUCGCUGCUGCCUGCCCCCGGAGCAGCUAGCUGCCCACAAGUUACCGCAAAGGUAACUUCACCUUUGCGGUCCAGAAGGACACCAAUAUGGGCUUCUCUUCGGAGCUGUGCAGCCCCCAGGGCCACGGAGCAGUGCAACAGAUGCAGGAAGCGGAGCUCCGCUUACUGGAGGGGAUGAGGAAGUGGAUGGCCCAGAGGGUCAAGAGUGACCGGGAAUAUGCAGGACUGCUCCACCACAUGUCCCUGCAGGACGGCGGAGGUCAGAACUGGAGCAGUGGUCCUGACAGCCACGUCAGCCAGUCCUGGGCAGAGAUCACGAGCCAGACAGAGAACCUGAGCCGGGUGCUGCGGCAGCACGCGGAAGAUCUGAACUCGGGGCCCUUGAGCAAGCUGAGUGUGCUGAUCCGAGAGCGGCAGCACCUGAGAAAGACGUACAACGAGCAGUGGCAGCAGCUGCAGCAGGAGCUCACCAAGACCCACAGUCAGGACAUUGAAAAGCUAAAGAGUCAGUACCGGACCCUGGUUCGCGAUAGUGCCCAGGCCAGGCGCAAGUACCAGGAAGCCAGCAAAGACAAGGACCGAGACAAGGCCAAAGACAAGUACGUGCGCAGCCUGUGGAAGCUCUUUGCACACCACAACCGCUACGUGCUGGGCGUGAGGGCCGCACAGCUGCACCACCAGCAUUACCACCAGUUCAUGCUGCCUGGCUUGCUGCAGUCGCUGCAGGACCUGCACGAGGAGAUGGCAGCCAUCCUGAAGGACAUCCUGCAGGAAUACCUGGAGAUCAGCAGUCUGGUGCAGGACGAUGUGGCGACCAUUCACCGGGAGUUGGCGGCAGCUGCUGCCCGCAUCCAGCCCGAGUUGGAGUACCUAGGCUUCCUCCGGCAGUAUGGAUCCACCCCCGAUGUGCCACCUUGUGUCACUUUCGAUGAGUCGCUUCUUGAAGAGGGUGAACAGCUGGAACCGGGGGAGCUGCAGUUGAACGAGCUGACCUUGGAGAGCGUGCAGCACACGCUGACCACUGUGACAGAUGAGCUGGCCGUGGCCACCAAAGAGGUGCUUAGCCGGCAGGAGAUGGUCAGUCAGCUGCAGAGCGAGCUGAGAAAUGAGGAACAGAGCACUCACCCCCGGGAGCGGGUGCAGCUUCUGGGCAAGAGGCAGGUGCUGCAGGAGGCGAUGCAGGGGUUACAGGUAGCGCUGUGCAGCCAAGACAAGCUUCAGGCCCAGCAGGAGCUGCUGCAGAAGAAGAUGGAGCAACUAGGCACUGGCGAGCCCCCGGCUGUGCCGCUCCUUCAAGAUGACCGGCAUUCCACCUCCUCCGCGGAGCAGGAGCGAGAAGGGGGAAGGACACCCACACUGGAGAUCCUUAAAAGCCACUUCUCUGGAAUCUUCCGCCCCAAGUUCUCUAUCCCUCCGCCGCUGCAGCUUGUUCCCGAGGUGCAGAAGCCCCUCCAUGAGCAGCUGUGGUACCAUGGGGCCCUCCCUCGGGCGGAGGUGGUUGAGCUGCUCACACACUCGGGGGACUUCCUGGUUCGCGAAAGCCAGGGCAAGCAGGAGUACGUGCUGUCCGUGCUAUGGGACGGCCAGCCCCGGCACUUCAUCAUCCAAUCCUCCGACAACCUGUACCGGCUGGAAGGAGAUGGCUUUCCCAGCAUCCCUUUGCUCAUCGACCACCUGCUGUCCUCCCAGCAGCCCCUGACCAAGAGGAGCGGUGUUGUCCUGUACAGGGCCGUGCCCAAGGACAAGUGGGUGCUGAAGCAUGAGGACCUGGUGUUGGGCGAGCAGAUUGGAAGGGGGAACUUCGGAGAUGUGUUUAGUGGCCGCCUCCGAGCAGACAACACCCCAGUGGCUGUGAAGUCUUGUCGAGAAACGCUCCCACCUGACCUCAAGGCCAAGUUUCUUCAAGAAGCGAGGAUCCUGAAACAGUACAGCCACCCCAACAUUGUGCGUCUCAUCGGGGUCUGCACACAGAAACAGCCCAUCUACAUUGUCAUGGAGCUGGUGCAAGGGGGCGACUUUCUCACCUUCCUGCGGACAGAGGGACCCCGCCUGCGGGUGAAGACGCUGCUGCAGAUGGUUGGGGAUGCAGCAGCAGGCAUGGAGUACUUGGAGAGCAAGUGCUGCAUCCACCGGGAUCUGGCUGCUCGGAACUGCCUGGUGACCGAGAAGAAUGUACUGAAGAUCAGUGACUUCGGAAUGUCCCGAGAAGAAGCCGAUGGGAUCUAUGCAGCCUCAGGGGGCCUCAGACAAGUCCCUGUUAAGUGGACUGCGCCCGAGGCCCUUAACUAUGGCCGCUACUCCUCAGAGAGCGAUGUCUGGAGCUUCGGCAUUUUGCUGUGGGAGACCUUCAGCCUGGGGGCCUCACCCUAUCCCAACCUCACCAAUCAGCAGACACGGGAGUUUGUGGAAAAGGGGGGUCGUCUGCCUUGCCCGGAGCUGUGCCCUGAUGCAGUCUUCAGACUCAUGGAACAGUGCUGGGCCUAUGAGCCUGGGCAGAGGCCUAGCUUCAGCAGCAUCGUGCAGGAGCUGCAGAGCAUCCGCAAGCGGCAUCGGUGAGGCCUAGGGGCCCCUUGCUGAAGCCAGAGGCCUGUCCAGAAAAGAACGUACCUCUUCAGCAGCGCUCAGUCCCUGUUGGACAGCUCCAAGACCUGGGUUCCAACCGCCAGCAAGAGGGCUGCUGCAGAGUGCCGCCCCAGGGAGGCGUUCUGUCCCAAUUCCUGCCCAGCUUCCUCUCAGGCAGAGAAAAAUAAAACCAG